GGGAUAACGGAAGCCUACCGUUGUCCCUGGUGGAACGACAUCCGGGUAUGGGAAUGAGGGAGAACCAGGCAAGGGGAAUGAAGCCGAAGGCAGUCGAUCAAAAUGCCAGAGGAGAUGGCGGACGGUGGGAGAAGGCUCGUGAUGCUCGACGACCUCAUCGAUGCCCUGGAUAAGCGCGAGAGAGCGCCGAGCAAUAUCCCGAAGGUCGAUACAUUCCAUUUCAAGGGAGAUCGGGUGUCAGACUGGCUAGACCUGGUUGAGCAGACACUGGUGGGAUUGGCGGAUGAAGUAAGAUUUCAGCGGAUUAUGAGAUACGUCCUUCAUAUCCACCAUCAGGAAGUGGGUAGGGUGGUGGACGCCGCAAAUGGCAGUUGGGCAAGGUUCAGAGACCUAAUGCUAAGAAAGUACAGGCUAGGGGAUGGGCUGCUGACCAUGGCGGACCUGGAGGCCAUGAACAAAGAUGACUUCUCCACAAUUGGGGCGUUCGUGCACGAGUUCAAAAAGAAGGCGAGGAAGGUGCCCGGGAUUUCUGAGGAGACGCAGUGUGCUAUAUUUUUGGGCCUCCUUACUGGCUCGGAGGCCGCGGAAUUGACGAGCCAUGGAGGAGGAAGUGAGAAGCUCGCCUGGGCCACUAUUGAUAAGGGAGUGGAAGAGGGGAGUCUCGACCAGGUGGAGCAGCACCAGUUGCGGUUGCAGAGGUGCAAGAGGAAGGAAAGGGACGCCACCGCAUUGGGGACCCCAGGGGUGAAGAGGAUUGUCACGGACGUGCUGGCUGCGAUGGGGUAUGAUAAUGAGGCGAAAGUGCAAAAGAGAGGGGUGACCGUGCCCCAAAGUCGGGCAUCGGGGGCAGUAGAUGAAGAGGUGGGACGAGAGGAUUACGGUGGAGAAGAAACGGGCUCCCAGAUCCUGACCAAAGCCCAGAGGAAGCAGCGUAAUUUGCUAAUGGGGGGUCAAGGAUCAGGGAAGGGGCAGGCCCCGCAAGCGGUUGCCGCGCCACCACCUGCCACCACGACAACGCCAACGUCAGUCGGGUCGUCGUGUAUGGGGCCGCCGCCGGCUUGUGGGAACUGGAUGCCGCAUUAUCAGCCCGCGCCCUGGCCCAGUUGUAACCACUGUACCUCCUGCGGAGGGAGUCAGGCCCAUGUUGGAUAGAUGGUUCCCUAUUCAGGGCCGUCGGCAAGUAUGGCCCCCCCGAGCUACCCGGCGACUCAAGGAGAGGCGACUGGGCCAGGACCAGUAAAGGUGGCACAUAGUU